CACCGCUUUAGAGGAAGAGAAGUUGGUGCUGUGAGAGGAGAGGGCAGAGUUAUCGAACACAACAGCUUCUCAUUGUCCUACGUCCAUGUCUGAAGAGAGCUGAGGGCUGACCCAGUUCUGCUGGGCCUCGGGCUUGUUCUGACCGCAUCGUUCUUCAGCGGGUUGGAUGGAGUAACUCCCGGAUGACGAUGAGCUCCUUGUGUGCAGACGGUUCUGUGAUUGAGGACUCAAUGGAUGAGACCCUGGAGACGCCAAAGUUAAGACCACCAAAAAGUCAGGAUGGUUGCCGAUCUUCUGAAACAAAGCGCUACAGUGAGAUAUUACGUGAUUUUGAUGCCAGUAUGAACCUGUCACUAACAUGCUCGACUGUGGAUGAGCUGCUCGACUCAGACUCAAUGUCUAUACCAGACAUCUCGGCAGAUACCACACUGAACACUGACCUGGACGAUACAACAGGAGACGAUGAGUUUGAAGCAAUCUACCAAAAAAGUGAGGAGUGCUUUGUCGGCACAUAUGCCCAGGAUCCAGAUCUCACCCUCUGCCGCUCCGAGGGUGGAGUGGAACUCGCCCUAGGGUACGCCAAAAUGUGGUGCCGCUACGCCAAGGACCUGCUGACUUGGAUGGACAAAAGAAUCAGCCUGGAGCAAGAGUUUGCAAAGAGUAUUAUGAGAGCGGCAGAGGCAGCCAAAUCAUGCAUCGCUCAACAGGAUAUGAUGCCUUUGCAGCAAAUCUAUACCCUUGCCAUGGAUCAUGAUCUCAGGAACAGCACGACAGCCAAACAUACAGCCGAACUUCUGCAACAGCGCUGCUAUCAGGCUCUCUCGGCCAAGAAGAACGAAAUCGAUAAGUGGCGGCGAGAAUUUAAGGAGCAGUGGUCCAAAGAGCAGAAGAGAAUGCAUGAUGCUGUGUCUGCGCUGAAGAGAGCGCGGCAGCAAUAUGUGCAGCGCAGCGAGGAACUGGAGAAAGCCAAAGCCAUGACGGCCAAAGCUGAAGAGGAAACAGGAGGUAACAAGACCCUGGACAAGAGGAGGAAGUCUAGAGAUGAUGCCAAAUCCAAGGUUACAGAAGCUGAGAUGAUUUACAGACAGUGUGUAUGUGAUGCAAACAACCAUCAGGAAGAGCUGGAGAAGGUGAAGCAGAGAAUCAUCGUCCACAUGCGCAAGCUCAUCUGCCAGGGAGACACGGUGUUAAAAGAGGCAACAGUGAACAUGUUUUACUUCCAGCGGCAACAGACUGAGUCGGUUCCUCUGGGUUACCAGAACUUGGAGUUGAGCUGCAGGCCCUGUGAUGCAGGAGAACCCUACUUGUUGUACAUUUCAGGGAAGAGUCUAUCUGGCCAACCUCUUCAGAACUUCAUAUUUCAGGAAUUCAUCCCCCCGGGCAAAAGAUCCCCACCAACAGGCAGGCGUAAACCAAGCAGUGCUCCGAGUUUCCAAGAUUCAUAUGCGCUACCAGAUGAUUUGAAGCACAGCAGCAGUUUAGUAGACGGAAGACGGCCUGGUCACAGUGACAGUGACAGCAAGGGAGGAAGUUCAGAAUCGCUGUCAAGUCCAGCUCAUGGGAACCGUAAGCUGCCCAAAGCCUCCUCCACAGGAACAAUGUCUUCAGACGACCUCGAUGAGAAAGAUGCACUCCAAGAUGCCGAGAGCGAGGAGACUUUAGCCGAAAGCAAUGGAACGCUGGGUAAACCACGAACGGCGUCACGUGCCGCUCUGACUCACAGACUGAGAAAGAUGAAGAGCAAGAUGGUCAAGUGCAAGCAAUGUGACAACUACAUCCUGGUGAACGGGAUUGAGUGUGAGGAGUGUGGCCUUGCAGUCCACAGGAAGUGCCUGGAGGUGUGCCAGAUGGAGUGUGAACACAGGAGAGGUUUCAUCUUCGGGGUGGAGUUCGCCCUGCUGCCCAGAGAGAUUCCAGAUGCUGUGCCCUUCGUUGUCCUUCGCUGCACUGAAGAGAUUGAGAGCAGGGCUCUCACUGUCCAGGGUGUGUACAGAAUCAGUGGCUCCAAACCUCGGAUACUCAAGUUAUGUCAGGCCUUUGAGAUCCAGAAAGACCAAGUUGACCUCAGUGACCUCUCACCACAUGACAUCACCUCUGUUCUCAAGCAUUUUUUCAAAGAGCUUCCAGAGCCAUUACUCACCUUUGACCUCUACAACGAUUUCAUCUACAUGGGCAAAGAGAUUCAGAGGCUGAGUGAGAAGGAACAUGUUGCAGAGACUGCUGGGAUUUCAGAGAGUAUUGUCUGUAAACUCAGAGAUCUUACAGGACGCCUACCUCCGUGCAACCUCAACGCAGUGCAGCACAUGAUGGCCCACUUAAACAAGGUUGCAGAAUAUUAUGAAGAUAACAAAAUGUCCCCUGGAAACCUGGGCAUCAUUUUCGGCCCCACUCUCUUGCGCCCCCUUGUGUCGGGGGACGUAUCGAUGGUCGCGCUUCUGGAAACCAGCUACCAGGCCCUUCUCGUGGAGUUCAUGAUCUCCCGCUAUGACAAAAUCUUUGGUCCCGCGACCAGAUCCAGCACACCCCCUCCACCAGCCCCCACGGCACCUCUUCCAGAAACACCACACCGAGCAUCCUGCCCCCUACCGCCGUCCUCUCAGGACCCCGGAGCCUCGUCCAGAGUACGUCCAUGCUCGAUGGAGAAUCGCACUCUCAAGAGAGAUUCAAGCGAGGGUUAUAUUUCUGACAAGUCAUCGUCCAAUGAGGCAAUGGAUCAGCUGAGCCCAGAGGCCACUGGCAGAGCAGUCCUGGCUAUGAGGGCUACGGCAUCUCCUCAGGGGCAUCUGGAGCUUUCUGCAGAGAAUCACUUGCAAACUCAAUCGAGGGCUCACUUCAGCAGACAGCCGGUGAAGUACUACAGGCAGGGCUCUACAGGAGCACUAUCACAUACAAUGAGAUCCCUGUCAAUGGAGGAGGAGAAUGCCGUGAGGAAAGGCCUUUUAUUGGGAAGUGCAGACAGCAGUCGCAGCUCCUCCCCUGAAUCCCAAAGUCCAGUGAAGCCCCUCUGCCGACUGCACAGUUCAGAAACCCUCGGCCUGCAGAAAAAAACUGGAUACACCCCUGAGAAUCAAACUGCACCCCAUGGAGGGGUAAAAAGGACAGAAUCAGAUGAGGUGGUCAAUGUGGGCCAAAUAGACACGCAAAAUGCCAACCAAUCCAACAACAACCAAGGGAGCCGAGAGAGGCAGCUCCUGUUCCGAUCUCUGAGGAGGCGUCCCACAGAGCAGAGAAGUGCCCAGAAGGUUUUGUCUGGACUGAAGCUCAGACGCAGUGAUUCAGGGAAGGGCGAGCAACUUCAUUUUGUCUGACACUCUUACUGAAGGGAACUAAAACGCUGAUAGUGUUCUUUAAAUUCACUGGAAUUAAUUCCAUUUUAGAUUGUAUUGUAUGUCAUGGACAUUUUUAGUUAAUCCUGCCUUGCUAUAUAUGAGGUGCACUUGUAUUAUACUGUAUCUGUGGCACAGACAAUGGUUUGAAUGUUUGAUAAACAUGGAAUAUAUGAUUACCAAAAAAGGCCACACGUUUUUGUAAAUAGUACCAGUCUUGGUUUUAUGUCCUUUUAUAUUAUUUAUAUCUCAGUUUAAUGUCUUUUAUACUGAUGACUCCUGAAACCUGCCUGGAAAAUAUAAGAUAUAAACAAU